AGAAAGGUUAGCUAGCCACUGCGGCUAACCUUUCUCUUGAAUCAACGCAUCGACUACUAGCUAACAAACCCAGUUGUUGGUGUGACAGAAAUGCCGCCAAAAGGAAAGGGUGGCAAAGGUGCAAAAGCAGGAGCCGGUGCCUCAAGCAGUGGAGACGCGGACAAGAAGGAGAAAGCUCAGAAAGGAGGUACUGCAGUAAAGGUGCGUCAUAUUCUUUGUGAAAAACAUGGGAAGUGCAUGGAGGCUAUGGAGAAGCUGAAGGCUGGAGUGCGCUUUAGUGAAGUGGCAGCCCAGUACAGUGAAGACAAAGCUAGACAAGGAGGUGAUCUUGGAUGGAUGACCCGAGGAUCAAUGGUGGGACCAUUUCAAGAUGCUGCAUUUGCACUACCCAUCAGCUCCAUGGAUAAGCCUGUAUACACAGAUCCUCCGGUGAAAACAAAGUUUGGCUACCAUAUCAUCAUGGUUGAAGGCAAAAAGUGACUAAUAGAUUUCCAGACCAUGUGGCUUACCCAUACACCCUUGCUUUGUAGUACAUUCAUGUAAGCAAAAAAGCAACAAAUCUUAUUAACAGCAUUUUUUUUUACAUGCAAAUAUCAGUUAAUAAACAAACACUGACAGAA